AUGUCCGUAUCAAGGCACCAGGUUCUCGGAGCUUACAGAAACCUCCUCAAGGCACAAAAGCUGACCUUCAAGGGUGACUGGGCCACACUCGCAGCCGCUCGGGAAAAGACAUACACAGAAUUCAACCUCAAGCGCAGCGAAACCGACGAGACAAAGAUCAAGGAGCAACUCCACCUCGCUGAACAAGUCGCCUCCCUCCUCCGCCACAACCUUGCCCAAGCCGUCCAAGUCGAUGGCAAUAAGAACCUCUACUCAUUAAAGCUGAACGAGGAGCACGAGUUGGGUGAUAAUGAAACUCUCCGCCAGGCUUCCAAGUUGCGCCGCCUCAAGAACCAGCAAGCUGGCGGACAGCCCUCCACCGGUGGCGGAUGUGGCUCUCCCUCUUGCUGCUCCGGCCACUAA